AUGACAAGUUGUAUUGGAGGUGUAUUAUCAGUUGAUUGUGGAUCCAAAGGAUAUUACCAAGGAAAACUAUCUGCUAUUGAUGCUAAAACAAAAAAUAUAACAUUGGACUGUGUUUUUCGAGAUGGAGUACCGUUACAUAAAAGCAUAGUUUUAAACGGUACGGAGAUCGUCAACAUUAAAGUCUUAAGGACCAGCAAAGAUCCUUCUGUUUCCGACGAACCAAAUGAAUUAGCGGAAGAAAAGAACAAACGUAGUUUGCCAAAGAGAAAAAAUCGUAAUCAAGGGACCAAGAGUGCGAGUGAAUUGCCAUACACGAAAUCUAAAUACAGUACGAACUCUUUAUGUCAAGAGAACGAUUCCAGUAGCUUCUCAAGUGAAAAUGACAUUCCAAAUAAUCGCCGAACAAGAAGUAGAAAUUCCCGAAAGAAAGUUUCUGGAGGAACAAUUUCGGACGCUGAUCAAAUAAGGCCCCCUGAUUUCACUCCAACUCCUUUAUACAAGAAGUAUGAACCACAAGUUCCUAAACCACAAUGUUUAACCACAGCCUCAGGAAAUUCUCGCAAAAAAGGAAGAGAAAGAGGAGCUUCUCCGUCUGGAAUUCCUGUAGUAGAUUUCCAUAAUGGAUAUGGACAUCAUUACAAGAAGAAAAGUGAUUUGGACCGCCCAAUAGAUUUGCAAACCCUUGAAGAUGAUUUCGAUUUCGACGCUAACUUGAAGUUGUUCGAUGAAGAAGGAAAUGAGUCUGAUGAACGAGAUUUUUUCGAAAAUGUGGAAAUGACAAAAGUUUCUCGCAACUUUGCUCAUUAUGAAAACAUACUGUCGGAUCCUAAUAGGAUUACCUCUUGGACCGGGAUCACUUCGGAAAAAGGUUAUGUAGAACCUCAAAGUGAUCGGUCCGACACUCCGUGUUUCAAAGUAGUAAACCUUGAAAGUGUUUCGACAGGAGGGUUCAUCCCUUGUUUGGAAGCAGGAGAAAAAAAACGUUUCAUCAAAGAAUGUAUCAGUUAUUUGGGGCCUACUGUGUAUAAUACUAUUGUUGCCGACAGACUUUUCGUGUAUGCAGCUUCAAUCGUCAAGCGUUUUUCAAUUAAUAUCCACGAUGUCGUUUUUCUCGCAGACAAAAAAAUCUCGGGUAAGUUAUUGCUACAAUGUUCUCGCGGGUUCGUCAACAGAGGCAACUCUGUUCAUGUUUUUGGUAAAUCUCAAAUUGGUGGAGGAAUAUACAAUCACUGUACUGAUGCGAGCGACCUUCCUAAUAAAGUAAAGUUAAUUAUUGUUCUGUCUGAAGAUUUACCCGCUUCUGUAGUUGAAUGGAUUUCAACUCAAAAAACAGCUCAUGUCAUUGGUUUUGAAACAAAUAAGUUCAGUUGUGAAAGAGAUAAUUAUCAUGUAUUUAUGGUUGGAACUCUAACUUCUCAGCUCUACACAUCUAGUCCUUUUGUUCUAGGGCGAACAAGUUUCGCUCAGCUGUGCACAGCAACCAACCCAAAAAAACUAGAUUGUGCUGUUUGUGAUUGUACUGUGCCCUUUUCUUGGUUAGGGGAAGAAGCCGAAAAGCAUUUGACUUCUGUAUUCGACAGCAGUGUAAUUGUUAGUUUGUAA